UAGUUAUGAACCCUAAUUUAAGCAAUAGUAAAACUGCAGUGCAUUACCUUUUCAUUCCAAUCGGAACCGAAGUUUCAGCCAAAUUCAGAGGGGCUUUUUGUGAAGCCAAGGUAUCCGAAUGUACGCAAAAACUGAAAUAUAAAGCUUACAUCAGCUCAACGAACGAGUAUGUCACAUGUGAAAUUGAAGACAUAGAACUAGUGAAGCCGCCUUUGCUAACUUCAUUUGUUCUUCCAAAUUAUAUCGAAGACCAUGAAGUUUGUCCUGUUGAUUCAAUUGUCAAAGUGAAAUCAUCGGGCUUAGAUGGUGUGGUGAAAAAACUAAUAGAUGCUUCAAUGUACACAGUUAUUUUUGACGAUGCUGACCAAUCGCAAUUUAAACGUAAAGCAAUCAAGUUAAAAGGUCAAAAGUAUUUCAAGGAUGAAGAAAACUUGAACACGAUGCCCCUGAUUAAGCCCGAAAACUUCAGCAGUCCUGCGGUUCUCAAUGUUAGCUGCAGUUCUUCAACUGGAGAAGAAAGCGUCGAAGGAACACCGCGGCCUCAAUCCAGAAGGUCAAGAGGCCAAAAGGAUUCGGAUGAUUUGGUGGGACCGAUGCUGGCAACCUUUUGCUCCACUUCGGAAAGUGAGUCAUGCUUGGACGAAGAGGACGAGAAUUUUAAUGCAGUAUCGGUUGCCUAUGUCAGGCAGUGGAUAUUUGACCAUCUAGAUCAGGUAGUUUGGAUUGAAAAGAACAAGGGGCUCAACUUUCCAGGCCUUGUCAUUGAUCCCUGGGAAGCCGACAAGAAACGAGACGCCGACAAUCACGUUGUCGUACGGUCAUUCCGAGACAAUCGACUCCACAGCAUACCAUUCAAGUACGUAGAGGACUUCGACCGAAGCAUGCGUUCGGAUAAACCUCAAUUACAAGCGGCCAUUGAUCAAGCGAAUGCAUAUCUUGUAGACAAUGUGUUACCAAAAGGCUGGAUUAUAACUUACUGGCAGAUAUACAGAGAUAUCGUCGAGUAUCUACAGGACGAUAAAGUUCCUCAACUUGUAACUUCGGGUCAGUUUUCAAUCGAAAUCGGUCGUCUCUUGUUUGCAGUUUGGCGACUCGGAGGCUUUGAGAUAGUGACGCAACUGAAGUCGUGGCCGAGCGUAUACAAGUGUGUGUCUAGAACGAGUCAAAACUGGGACACGAGUCCGUCAACUGUGUUCCUUUCUAAAAUGAAGUCAGAAUACAAGAAGUACCUCUUGAAGUAUGAGCCAGUGUUUGAGUCUCGGCUGGUGAAUAAUGAGGAUAACCCCCUUCCUCCCAUCUUCAGGCCGGACAAAAGUCAGGUGAAGGGCAAAAGUGCCACCGAGUUGGAGAUAAAAACAGAACCAAUAAGCGCAGUGUCUGCUUCCAUGUCAGACGUCUUAGCUGACGUGCAGAAUGUGUCCUUAAGAAGAGUCGACGAUACAGUUCAUGUUAAUUUCGAAGACGGCAAAAUCUACCCGGCAAAAAUUUUGAAAGUUGAUACAACCAGGUCAAUUGAAUCUGGAAUUUACUACAUUCACUAUAGAAAUUGGAAUUCUCGCCACGACCAGUGGAUUUCUGAAGACAUGAUUGCCGAUUCCACCAACUUAGACGAAAGUUUAUUGAACGAAGUCAAGAAGGAAUCUCGCAGAGAAGCAAAUGGGUCUAAAAUGUCUCCACAAGGUGGAAAGACGGGCGAAUGGCCGAAACUCGCCGAUGGUAACGUAAUAGGGGUAAUGUCGCCCAAUGCAGUGGCGCCCGUAGCUUUGGGAAGUUCGGGCUCAUCUGCGAUUGAAGGGGAGCCAAAAUCGUCCCUGAGCAGAAUGAUUGCCGAGAAAAAGAGUCAAAUUCUUCAGUCAUCCUCAGAUUCAAGCGCUAGAACACCAGAUGGAAUUGGAGCAGUCAAAUCGAAGUCUCCAAUUUUACCCCUAGGCAGCGAGCUGUCAGGAAAACGAUCUCGCAGCGUUUCGUCGAGCUCGGACGAAGAUUCGGCAGCAAAAGUUGUAAGGACUCCUCGGAAAUUACGAAGAAAAGCAAAUUCUCGCAGCAGUUUGAACGAAUCCCCUCAAUUCAAUGCUACGCUUGAUGAAGAGCAAACAAGUUGGGGAAAAAAUCCCGAAAAAGUUUGCAGUCGCAAACGAACUGUAUCAACCGCAGAAGUAUCAAACAAGGAAUAUUUGACUGAGUUUGCGAACCAAAGAACUGUGGGGCGAUCACCACCUAAAAGGAGAAGAGUUGUGAAACGGAGCUCCCUGUCCGAAAGUGGCAAGCAAUCUAAAGGAUUCUCAGCUUCGCCCAAAAAGUUUUUGCGGAGUGUGAGUCAAACUCAAUGUGCGGAUGAAUCAGCGGCAGAUUUGGAUGGCGAAACAGCUGAUCUUUUAAGGAAGCAAGAGGAUAAUGACGUUGAAUGUGAGACAAUUGAUGUAGAAUGUGAGACGAAUGACGAAGGAUUUAGCGCAGACGAAGAAUGCGAAAGUGAUGAUACAAUCGACAUGAAUAAAAUCCAAGACCAAAAUUUGGACGAAUUUCAAAAUCAUGAACAAAAUCUAUCCGCUGAAAUUUCUUCAAAACCGACAGAUUUGAAUCCUGGAUUUGGAUUAGAAACAGUAUCUCCUCUUAAAGAGAAAAAUGGGGGAAAAGAAUCGUAUAAUUACUGUGUUACUCAAGAAGAGUGGAAUAAUUUUGAUACUUCGAAAAGUAGUCCAAUUUUGCCCGAAGUUACAAUUGAUACAAAUUUAGUUGCAAAAGCGAAUUUAAGUAUGGAUUCAACGGAUGAUACAGUACCUUUCUCGUCACCGGCGGCCGCUGAAAAUGUGACUAGUCCAGUUAAGAAAAGAUCAGAUUGUGGUAGGAACGAUCAAUAUGGCGGAACACCUGGAGUGCCUGGAAGAAAAAUGAAACGGAAUGGGAAAAGCGGACAGUUUAGACACGGAUUCUUCAUCUCAGAUGCAGAAGAUAGCGGAACAGAAGAAGGUACGAAAGAUUUCAAGUUGUUUGAAGAGGAAGAAAAAUAUCUGCAGACGUAUCUGAACUCAAUUUACAAAAUAGAAAAUGAGUGUGAGAAGUUAAUGGACGUUAGCGUGCUAGAUGAAAUAGCGGAUGUGGAUGAGAGAAUUUUACUGGCUGAGCAGCAAAUGAAUUUGAUUCAAAAGAGGUACAAACAAUUGUACCGGGAAAUGGAAAAGUUGGAUAAUUUAAAGCGACGAAUCAGAAGGAAAAAGAAAACUCAGCAGAACUCUUUCACUGACCACGCUAAUAAAUCGAAGCUCGUGUCGGCUACUAAACAAAAGGCGCCGACGAUAAAAGAGGAGAGUGGCACUUCUGUAGUUAUGGAGGCUAAAGCUGAGAAGGCUAGCGAAGUGGGAACUAACUGGAAGAUUGAAAAUGAAGUGAAAAGAGAAUCUCCGGAUCUGGGUUCACCGAGUGGCUGAAUCACAAAAUAAAACUAAUGGAUUAAUUAGUUUUUUUUUAAAUUUUAGUCAGAAAAUUUUUUAUUGAUCAAAGCUUUCAA